GGUUUCCGUGUGCGUGCACGUCAUCUGCGCUCGCAGCCCAGAGCCCACCCGGAUCCCGGGGUGCAUCGAAAGGAGCGCGGCCGGCAGGGCGAGGGAGGGGAUUCUGCCCCUCUGUUCCUCUCUUGGGAGACCUCAUCUGGAGUAUCGUGUCCAGUUCUAGAGUUCUCAGCACAGGAAGGGUGUGGAGCUGUUGGAGCAAGUCCAGGGAAAGCCACGAAGAUGAUUCAAGGGCCGGAGCACCUCUGCUACGAGGACAAGCUGAGAGAGCUUUGGGGUUGUUCAGCCUGGAGAAGAGGAGGCUCUAAAGAGACCUUAUAACAGGCUUGCAGUACUUAAAGAGGGCUACAGGGAAUCUGGGGAGGGGCUCCUUACCAGGGAAUACAGUGAUAGGACGAGGGGUAACAGUUUUAAGCUGAAAGAGGGGAGAUCUAGGUUAUAUCUUAGGAAGAAUUUUUUUCCUGUGAGCGUGGUGAGGCACUGGAACAGGUUGACAGGGUGCUCCGUCCCUGGAGGUGUUCAAGACCAGGCUGGUUGAGGCUUUGAGCAGCCUGACCUAGCGGGAGGUGUCUCUGCCCCUGGCAGGGGAGUUGGAGCUGGAUGAUCUUUAAGGUCCCUUCCAACCCAAAACGUUUUAUGAUCCUGUGAUCUCUGGUUGUACACCAUGAGGAAGCUACCUUCUCUGCUGGCUAGGACGCUCACUUCUGGGACCAGUGGCUCCCCAUUGCUUCCUGACAUGUUCGAAGGACAUUCACCCAUUCAUGUGAAUAAUGUGCGGAGUAGAUUGAGGGAUAUAGUGGGAGCAUCUACCAACUGGAGGGAUCACGUGCAAGCAAUGCAAGAAAGAAAAGCUCUUCAUACUUUAUUGGCAAAACGACAGGAAGAUCUCCCUCCUAGGCGGAUGAAAGAUAGCUACUUGGAGGUUAUUCUGCCUCUAGGAAGUCAACCUGAAAUAAGGGAAAAGUAUCUGAAUGUACACAACAGUGUAAGGUUUGGAAGGAUACUUGAAGAUCUUGACAGUUUAGGAGUUCUUAUUUGUUACACUCACACCAAGCAAGAAAUGCAGCCAAGGUCUCCCUUAUCAAUAGUUACAGCUCUGGUGGAUAAAAUCGUUUUGUGCAAGAAGAUUAUACAUCCGGACUGUGACAUCAAAUUCACAGGCAACGUUUCUUGGGUUGGAAGGACCUCAAUGGAAGUGAAGAUGCACAUGCUGCAGUUACAUGAUGGUGAUUACAGCCCUGUGUUAGAUGCAACCUUUGUCAUGGUGGCUCGGGAUCCGGAAAAUAAACGGCCAGCGUUUGUUAAUCCACUCGUUCCUGAGACCCCUGAGGAAGAAGAAAUCUUCAAGCAAGGGGAAUUGAACAAGCUGAAGAGGAUUGAUUUCAGCACUGCCUCCUUACUGAAAAUGGCUCCCACUGCAGAAGAAAGAAACAUUAUUCAUGACAUAUUCCUUAAUACGUUGGACACAAGGACAGUAAGUUUCCGAAGUCGUAAAUUACCACCCAGUUCAGUGUGGAUGGAAGAUGCAAAGCUGAAGGGCCUACAGAUUUGCCAUCCUCAGGAACGGAACAUCUUCAAUAGGAUCUUCGGAGGAUUUCUCAUGAGAAAGGCGUUUGAAUUGGGAUGGGCAACUGCUUGCAGCUGUGGGGGUUGCAGACCUUUUAUUGUCUCUGUUGACGAUAUCAUGUUUCAGAGGCCAGUCGAGGUUGGAUCUUUAUUACUGCUUUCUGGACAGGUCUGUUACACAGAAAAAAACUACAUCCAGGUUCGAGUACACAGUGAGGUUUAUGAUCCAGAUACCAGGGAGCACCAGACAACCAAUAUCUUCCAUUUUACAUUUAAAUCGGAAAACGAAGUCCCACAGGUUGUCCCCAAAACAUAUGGAGAGUCCAUGUUGUACUUAGAUGGGAAGCGACACUUUGCUGCAAUCAUGAAAGAAAUCUGACAGACACUAGAUGCAGCGUCAUCAGCAUAGCAGCACGCUGUCUUGGAAAGAGACAGCUGACAAGACAGGUGCUUGCAAUACUGAAAAAAAGAACAAAAACAAACCCCACAACAAAGAGUACCUUUUUAGUGCUAUUUAUGUAUUUGCAUAUUCUUGGAUUUUUUAUACUCUGCUACUAGGAUUUGUUGAAAGCUACUUUUACAUGCCGAUGCUAGGAAAAAGGCAGAAAAAAAUACAAUCUUAAGCUCUAGAUAGCUUCUCUUUGUCUGCUUUGAGAGAUCUCAUUACAGUCUUUGCUGCCUUGUCACCAUCUCCCUUCUUUCCCUUUGUAGCUCUCUGUUGUCUUUCCCUGAUAAGGGAUAGCAGUUCUAUCAGAAAAAAUGUGUGCAAUAAGUAGAUACACACAGGUGAAGCCAUUUGACCUACAUUCUUGUUGAAAUCAGAUUUAGAGUUUCUUAUUUCUUUAACAAGGACAAAUGCAUCUGAGCAGCAGCACAAGCUUAUAGAAGUUCCUGGUGUGUGGGUACGAUCUAAAGCAGGUGUUUCCCAUCAGCUGAGAUCUUACAAGGUUGUUGCAGCUUCUGUUUUGGAUGGUUUCUUGUUCCCUUGGAAAGAAACCAAUUUUUGCGAGGAAAUGAGGUGGCCAGAUGGCCUCUUCUGGCAUUCUGUUUGUGUACAGUCAGUCCUUGCCUUUUCUAAUUUUUUUUUUUUAAUGUAACUGUAAAUGAGUUCUUUAAUAAAUUAUUUCCGAUGGCUUGUGAGUAGAGAUCUGAUUGGUGAGAUUGUGUAGGACUGGGAAAGGGCAUUGUGGAGCAGAACAUUUUGGUUUAUUAGAGACUUAGGGCAGGAAAGGUAAAAUGCCACUAAAAUGGUAAUGACUAUGUUUGAUGCUGGAGUUAGGGAUCCAGAGAACGUGUUUUGAGCAGCUCCCAAGUCAGCUGCUGAAUGGUGGGAGGAUUUUUAUCCAACCGAGGAGCUGUACAGCUAUAAGGCAGCCUCCUCAGCCAGAUUAUUUAUCUGGUUCCUUGGUAGACAGUAAUGCAAUAUGACUAUUGCAGAGCUUUAAAAGUUGCCAAGUGUACCUGUGAAGGACAGAAUAAUUCCUCACUACAGAGGGGAUACCGCGGUGGACAUAACUAUGAUAUAUAAGUAACAGCAAGAAAAUGCUUGAUACUGAACUGCUUCUGAUGUAGUGGAGAAAGUUUUAAUUAUCUCCAAUAUCUGGCAAAUAAAGCCCUACAUCCCAAAAUCAGGAAGGUGAGUGGAUGAGAGGCAUCAGCUUUAGCACUGAGGACAAAUAGUCACAAGCACAAAACUGGACCUCUUAUACCUUCAGAUCAAGACUCAUAGCCUUUCUCAUCGAAAAAACCCAAAGAGGAUUAGUUGGGCUCAUUGGUAGAUUAAAUGGAUGAAAUAUCAUGUCUUAUAUAGUACACAAUAACUGACUCUGGCAUCUCUGCUAGGUUUAAAAUCAGGAAGCAGCAAGUAGAAAUAAUGUGGAUCGGCACAGAUGCAUGAAAUAGAUUGAUAAUAUAAAACAACAUGUUGGAAUUUUAUUUCUGAGUAAGAAAGCUUGAGAAAUUCACACUUAGGACCAACUUCCUUUGUUGCCAGGACAGCAUGAACUUCGUGGCUCCUAAAAGUUGUUUGCUAUGCAUGUGAGGAGAGUGAGUAUUGUAAUAACCAGCAUGUUAUACAUAUCAAGCCUUUCCUUUUUAGGGUUUGGCUGCCUGUAUUUCUAAGUUAAGAUGGCUUUCCAGUGGAGUCACAGGGGCAUUGCCUGAUUUGGAUCAGAUUAAUGUAUUGCAGUGAUAGUAAGCUCUUGGUUCCUUGCACAGAGUUUCUCUCUUCAGCCACAUUCCAGUGCUGAUUCAAUUCCAUGAUGUUACAAUCUUUUCUUCUUUAAUGGCCAUGAUGCUGUAUAUAUAUGUUGUAUUUUCUGUUUCUCUCCUUUUUAAAACAUGUUGGAAGCUAAAAAUAGUUGACUGACUGCACAAUUGAAGAACUGAAAUUCUAUCCUAGCUGCUUUUCCGCUUGCUGCAUGGAUUAAUAGUGGCUGUUAAAAAAAUAAGUAGGAAGGCAGGAAGCGGAGAGAUCUGCUUUGGGACUGUAUAAUAGUCCAAGCUAUCUGCAGGUUUUUUAGCAUUGACCAAGUCAAUCUACCUGGGUCACUUUUGUGUAACAUUUGUAAGUUAAGAGAGUACCGAGUUCUUCCUCUACUUUUCAGUUAUAUUUAAAUAUGAGUUUAACAUAAUUUCUAAAUUCUGCCCAGAGUGGAGAAGGAAAAAAGAGGAAAUAGAGUAGAGAGCAAAGUGUGACAUCAAAACCUUUGGACAUAAUGAAGAAAAUGAAUCUGAUGAAUGAAGAUGCUUAGAAGAACUAGUGUGCUUUCAAAGUUCAUGAUAACUUAAUCAUGUACCACAAUCACAGUAGUUGUAGAAAUGUACGUACAGCCAUGCAGAAUGUAUGUGUGUAUAUAUACAUAUAUGUAAAACAUAUAUAUAGCCAUAAACAGAAAGACAUAUGAUGUGUGCUUAUGUGUUUUUUACUCCGAGAAGUUAAUUCCAAGUUGUGACCCUCUUUGAUAAUAGGCUAAAUGUGUCUUUGUUCAAGUGUAGUAUCUAUGCAUGUCACUGUAUACUGUUGUGAGGUGAAGUUGUUUUCAGAUCUCAUAUUCAGAAUUAAAAUACUUUAAAAUAGUCAUUAAAGUUGAGUUUAUGUUACAACUUAAUGACCAGCCCGUCACUGCUGCAAGUGACGAACCGUUCCCACGCAAGCCUAAAGGUGUUGUUAUAAAAUCCUAUUUAUAGUGAACCUGUGUAAUUUGCUGCAGCUCUGUAGUGGAAAGUAAAUGUUUUUGUGCCUAUCAUGCCUUGGAAUACCAUGAGGAGGAGGAAGUCUGGGGGAGCUGGAUUGUUUUCCCCUAAUGUGUCUUAUAAUGGUGAUAUGAAAGGAGAUUUUUGUGGGACUGGCUGAACUCAGUGUCUGGAAAAGCACUUUGUUUUGAAUGUCUUUAUUUUUGUGUUUAAAAGAAAAAAAGUAUUAAAAUUACUUAUUUAAACUGACUGUGACAGCUUCUGGUAGCCCUUCUUCAAAGUCAUACGGUUCAUUUGCAGCUGCAUUGUGGUGUAAAACAUUCAGGGAAGAAGCUUGCUGGAGCUGGUGUAGCAUCGGCGAGGGUUUUAGUUCAGAAACCUGCUCUAAACUUCCUGUAUGCUUAAUUGGUUUUACUGCACCUUCAGUCCAGUCUUCAUCUGACGACAAACUUGUUUUAUUGCUGGUCCUCAUCUGAACAUGUUUUUAACUAGGUGUGGGAGCGAUUAUUUCUUCACAGGGAAGACACUAGCUAACAAGGAAAUAAAAAGCGUAAAUAUUCAGCUUUGAUGAAAGAGAAACUGGGGAUUCCUUUUGUGGAAGGUGUAGUUGGGUAAUGAUACCUGCAUAGCAAACAGACUGGUGCACUUGUCCUGACAGCAGAGAAUCCUCAUCCCUAGAGGGCUCCUAUCCAGGAGGCUGGUGGCACUUCUGGGCAGAGGCAGCUCAUAUUCUUUUAUCUUCUGUUACGUAGCAGAAGUGAGAGAUUUCUGGAGGAGGGGAGGAUGACUUAGAACUGGUGCUUAGAGCAAUCAGAAGGGACUGUGGUCCAGGCUCUGAUUGCUGCUCACAGUAUUGCUUUACUUUAUCUGGUAACUGUUGAGCAGAAAAUUCAGGUGUGGUCUUGCAGCAAGGACCAGUCCCCCAAGCUGGUGGGGAGCCCACAACGGGGUCAUCUCCAGCAUUAAAUGCUUCUAAAAGUGAGAGUUUUUUUCUUGCAGGCAAUACAAAUAGGCUAACACUAGGGUUCUGUGCUGCAGGAGAGAGAGGGCUGGCUGCCUGGACUAUUUCUCUUAAGACAUUUUAUUCCUAUUGAGCUGCUUUAAAAAAAAAAAAUAAAAAAAUCCUUAGCUCAUUUCUUACCACAUGCAUUUAGAGGGCUGACGCCUUCAAAUUUGGCACAGCUACACUGCUGUGGACCUAAAUCUGCAAUGCUCAGUGUGUGAAGAUGGCCUUGGUUUUUCUUCAGUCAGCAAGCACUCUUGGACCUAUUCUUUUUCCUGCUCAGAGUUUGUACAGCUUUUGACAUCUGCUUUUGUUUGAUGCUCUUGCUGUGUGUGUGACAGUAAUACAACCUGUGGUUUUGUUGCUGUGACUUGCUACUUGCGUGGCUCUACAAGGAAACGUGGGCUGGAUGGAGGGUAUUUGGUGCGCAGGUGAUAUAACUCGUCUCUGUCUUUUAUGUCUCUUUCGCUGGCGUAGUGCCACAGAGGUGUUUGCUGCUGGGAGAGCGUUGGGUGUGAAGGAGAGUGGCCUGGCUGGAAAAGCAAAUAAAGCUGCUGAAGAAGAGGGCACGAGCGUUAGGUUUGUUUGGUGUCUUGGGCUGCAUAUGGAUAUCCAUGUAAUAGCUGGAUCUGCAUUUGUCACACUGCAAUUGCUUGGAGUUAUUUGAACUUGCCUGGAGUUGUGCUUUGUCUUGAUGGUUUUGGCGUUUCAGGGUUGAUAAAAGCUGCAAACCAAAUCCUGAGUAAAAUUCAAGCUGCUGAUAUACA